AUGGCGACCCGGCGAGCGGCGAGCAGCCGCUGGGAGCGGGGCGGCGGCGGCGCGGAGCGGCGGGAGCCGGCGGCGGCCUCGCCGGCCUCCCCGGCCGUCCUCUCGCUCAGCCACUUCUGCCGGUCGCCCUUCGUCUCCUUCGGCGACGUCCGCGUGGGGGCGUCGCGGACGCGGCCCCUGCUGCUGCUCAACCCGCACGACGACGCGGCCGAGGUGCACGUCCGCGUCCCCGCCGCCGACCGGGGCUUCAGCGUGGAGCCGCGCCGCUGCGAGCUGCAGCCUAAAGAAAAGAUUGUUAUUUCUGUUACCUGGACACCGGUGAAAGAGGGCCGAGUAAGAGAGAUUGUGACAUUUGUUGUUAAUGAUAUCCUGAAACACCAAGCUAUAUUAUUAGGGAAUGCUGAAGAACAAAAAAAGAAAAAGAAGAGUCUUUGGGACACCAUUAGCAAGAAGAAAAUUCCAGUCUCUUCAACUCACCAUAAAAGGAUUUCAAAUACUCAAAAUAUCAAUGAAACAUUUAAUGUUUCACAGAAAGGAGCCAGAGUUAGGAGCCCCCUGCAAGCUUGUGAGAAUCUCACUACCAGUGAAGACUGUUCUCCAACCAAAAGCAAUGCUUUAGCUCUCGAAGAAAAUAAAAUACCUAUAUCACCUAUCAGCCCUGCUUUCAAAGAGUGCCAUGGAGAAACCUGUUUGCCACUUUUUCUACGCCGAUCUACUGCCUACUCAUCUCUUCCUGCCUCUGAAAAUGGAGAGCAAGUAGAAGGAACUGGUAAUUCAAAAGACUUUCAUUUCAAUGAGAAAGUCAUAACUGAAACUUGCUUUAAUUCCAUUAAUAUUCCUGGUUCAAGUCAAGAGAAUGGUAAACUUAUUCGUACCCCAAAUUGUUCUUCGACUUUGAACUUUAUACAAAGCCAAAGACAUUUUAUAAGUCCAGAUUCUUUUGUAAAAAACAGCCAGGCAGCUAAUGAUGAACCAGGGUUAAUGACACAUAUCUCAGCAAACACAUUUGCGAAGGACAGUUUGAAGCCUGUGUGUUUGGAAUCCAAAAUCCUACCCGAAAUUUGCCAAGCAAUUUUAAGCCCAGAUUCUUUUGUAAAGGACAAUUAUGGGCUAAAUCAGGAUCUACAAUCAGGGUCCAUCCAUACUAUUUUAUCCCCAAGUCAAUUUGUAAAGGAUAACAUGCCACAUGUAUGUAUAUCUCAGCAAACAGGUAAACCAUUAGCAAAUGAAAGUUCUCAGGUCCUGCAGUGUUCUCGGGAUUGGGAAGAAAAUGGAGUUUUACUACGUGUUCCUGAACGACAGCAUUCAAAAACUCCCAAGGAGAUUUUUGAAGAAUUAAAACCUGUAGAAACAAAGUCAAACUAUUCCAGUUGUACAGAACAGACUCGUCCUGCAUUUUCUGCUGUUCAAGAUGUUCCUUAUCAAGGCCACAACAAACAACCUAAGAAACGCCCGAUACUCACUGCCACUGUUGUUAGAAGGAAGCCCACCUGUGCCAGGGAAAACCAAACUGACGUCCCUAAGCCACAAACAAGAAGAUGUCUCAACAGUGUGGUAGGUGAAUGCGAAAAGGUGCUAGGUAACCAGAGAGAGAGAGAGACACUUCUCCAUCUUCCAGUUAUUCCAGUUAUAGAUCCCAGCCAAAGGAAAUUGGAGAAUUACGCACAUGAAAUCACUCCUCUGGCUGCCCGUAAGCGGAAGAGUGAUGGAGGCAUGGGGGAUCUGGAUGGGAAGGACGUCCUUACACAACAUUCGGAAGUGUGUGACAUUAAAAGAAUCCAUUUUUCUCCCUCGGAAUCUAAAACAUCAACUGUUAGAAAGGACAAGAAGAUGGUAACUCCUGUCUCUAAACAUAGUUGCAGCAGGGAGAAAUUAAGCCUGAGGAAGAAAUCUGAUUCAUUAGUAUUUAAAACACCUAUUUCUAAAACGAGCAAAAGGAGAAAGCGCGUUAUUGCUGUGGCACAAUCGAAUCUGACCUUCAUCAAGCCAUUAAAAACAGCUAUGCCCAGGCACCCAAUGCCGUUUGCUGCCAAAAAUAUGUUUUAUGAUGAACGCUGGAAGGAAAAGCAGGAACAGGGCUUCACUUGGUGGCUGAAUUUUAUAUUGACUCCUGAUGACUUCACGGUAAAAACAAGCGUUUCUGAAGUAAAUGCUGCCACUCUUCUUCUGGGCGUGGAGAAUCCACACAAAGUAAGUGUGCCUAAAGCACCCACAAAGGAGGAAGUGUCUCUCAGAGCCUAUACUGCCCGCUGCCGGCUGAAUAGGUUGCGACGCACGGCAUGCUGUCUGUUUACUUCUGAGAAUAUGGUUAAAGCCAUUAAAAGGCUCGAAAUUGAAAUUGAAGCCGGACGGUUACUUGUUCGAAAAGAUAGACACCUCUGGAAAGAUGUGGGUGAACGGCAGAAAGUCCUGAAUUGGCUGUUGUCAUACAAUCCUUUGUGGCUUCGAAUUGGCCUUGAGACAAUUUAUGGAGAACUCAUAUCUUUGGAAGACAAUAGUGAUGUCCUUGGCUUGGCUGUGUUCAUUCUGAAUCGCUUGCUUUGGAAUCCCGAGAUAGCAGCUGAGUAUAGACAUCCCACUGUGCCUCAUCUCUAUAGAGAUGGUCAUGAAGAAGCUUUGUCCAAGUUUACACUGAAGAAAUUACUGCUCUUGGUCUGCUUCCUUGAUCAUGCUAAGAUUUCCAGACUUAUUGAUCAUGACCCUUGUCUCUUUUGUAAAGAUGCUGAAUUCAAGGCCAGUAAAGAUAUUCUUCUGGCUUUUUCACGAGAUUUCCUGAGUGGUGAAGGGGAUCUCUCCCGUCACCUUAGCUUAUUGGGAUUUCCCGUGAGCCAUGUUCAGAUGCCAUUUGAUGAAUUUGACUUUGCUGUCACAAAUCUUGCUGUGGAUUUACAAUGUGGGGUGAGACUUGUGCGAACCAUGGAACUUCUCACACAGAACUGGAAUCUUUCAAAGAAACUCAGGAUUCCUGCCAUAAGCCGUCUUCAAAAGAUGCACAAUGUUGAUAUAGUCCUUCAAGUUCUUAAAUCACGAGGAAUUCAGUUGAGUGAUGAACAUGGAAACCCUAUCUUCUCCAAGGACAUUGUGGAUAGGCACAGAGAAAAGACUCUUGCAUUGCUUUGGAAAAUCGCCUGUGCUUUUCAGGUGGAUAUUUCCCUUAAUUUAGAACAACUAAGGGAAGAAAUUGACUUCCUAAAACACACACACAGCAUAAGAAAAGCAAUUUCUGCACUAUCAUGUUAUUCUGAUGCCACUAUGAACAAGAAAAAAGACAAAAGGAAUAGUGCCCCCCUUGAACAAUACAGUGACAGUGUGAAGUUGUUGAUGGAGUGGGUAAAUGCAGUGUGUGCCUUCUACAAUAAGAAGGUGGAGAAUUUCACAGUGUCUUUCUCAGAUGGCCGUGUUUUAUGUUACCUGAUCCACCACUACCAUCCUUGCUAUUUGCCUUUGGAUGCUGUGUGUCAGCGCACCACCCAGACUGUGGAGUGCACGCAGACAGGCUCCGUGGUAUUGAACUCCUCCUCCGAAUGUGACGAUAGUAUUCUGGAUGUGUCUUUUCAAGCAUUGGAUCACGAAAAUGCCUCAGAACUACACAAAGAGCUUCUAGAAAAUGAAAAGAAAAAUUUUCGUUUGGUAACAUCUGCAGCAAGAGACCUGGGUGGAAUACCUGCUAUGAUCCAUCAUUCAGAUAUGUCGAAUACAAUUCCUGAUGAAAAGGUUGUUAUUACCUAUUUGUCAUUCCUCUGUGCAAGGCUUUUGGAUCUUCGUAAAGAGAUCAGGGCUGCUCGACUCAUACAGACGGCUUGGAGAAAACAUAAGCUAAAAAAAGAUCUAAAACACUAUAAGGAGCGAGACAAAGCUGCAAGAAUUAUCCAGAAAGCUGUAAUCAAUUUUCUAAGCAGACAGCGAUGGAAAAAAGAGGUUACUGCAGCACUAGUCCUUCAGAAAUGUUGGCGAAGAGUCUUAGCACAGAGACAGUUAUUAAUCUUAAAAGAGGAAAAACUGGAGAAAAUUCAAAAUGCAUCAGCAACAAUUAUUCAGGCAUAUUGGAGAAGAUAUUCCACUAGAAAAAGAUUUUUGAGUUUGAAGUAUUAUUCAGUCUUCCUGCAAUCCAGGAUACGAAUGAUAAUUGCUGUUACAUCUUAUAAAAGAAAACGCUGGGCCAUAGUUACAAUACAGAGGCAUUGGUGUGCUUGUGUUCAAAGAAGAAGAGAUCAACAAAGAUAUAAAAUGCUGAAAUCUGCGUCCCUUGUAAUCCAGUCCAUGUUUCGAAGAUGGAAGCGACGUAAAGUUCAACAACAAGUAAAAGCUGCAAUAAUACUGCAAAGAGCUGUUAGAAAAUGGCAGGUCCGGAAGCAAGCCAGGGAGAAGUCUGCCAUCAUCAUACAAUCAUGGUACAGAAUGCACAGGCAAUUACAGAAAUAUGCUUAUACUAGAUCUUGCAUUGUUGUCAUUCAAAGAACAUUUCGGUGCUUUCAAGCCCAAAAGUUAUAUAAAAGAAAGAAAGCAUCCGCCCUGACUCUGCAGAAAUACUUCAGAGCCUAUCUGAAGGGAAAGGCUGAACGCACCAGCUACUUAAAAAAGCAAGCUGCGGCCAUUCGACUGCAGUCUGCUUUCAGGAGAAUGAAAGCUCGUCAUUUGCACAGGCAAGUUAGAGCUGCUUGUGUGUUGCAGUCAUAUUGGAGAAUGAGACAGGACAGACUUUGUUUUUUAAGCUUAAGGCAGAUGGUUAUCAAAUUGCAGGCAUGUGUAAGAAGAAAUCAGCAAUUACAGAAAUACAAGAAGAUGAAGAGAGCCGCUAUCAUAAUUCAGACUCAUUUCCAAGCUUGCGUUUCAGCCAGGAGAGUUCGAGUAUCUUACCAAAAAACACGAUCUGCUGUCAUUGUUCUACAGUCUACCUACAGAGCGCUGCAAGCUAGGAAUGCAUUUCUUUAUAUCCGCAAAUCUGUCAUAAAGAUUCAGUCAUAUUUUCGUGCUUAUAUUUCAAGAAAGAAAUUUCUGAUCCUAAGAAAUACUACCAUAAAGUUGCAGUCUAUUGUCAGGAUGAAGCAAGCACGCGGACGCUAUGCACAGUUAAAAGCAGCUGCCCUGUCUAUCCAGCGACGAUACAGGUCCAAAAGACUGGCUGCAUGCAGGAGAAAGGAAUAUUUACAGGUACGUGAGUCUUGUGUCAAAUUGCAAGCUUUAUGUAGAGGAUGGCUGGCCCGAAAACAGAUGAGGAUGCAGAGAAAAGCAGUGGUUGUACUGCAGUCUUACUUCAGAAUGAGAAAGAUGAGGCAGUGCUACCUGUACACCUACAGCGCGGUUCUGCUCCUCCAGAUUCGCUAUCGUGCCUACAGGGCGCAAGUCAACCAGAGGAAGAAAUUCUUGCGAGUCAGAAGAGCAGCUGUCUGUUUGCAAGCAGCCUACAGAGGUUACCGAGCUCGCCGGCUCAUCAAACAGCAAUCUGUCGCAGCUGUUAAAAUUCAGACUGCUUUUAGAGGCUAUAGCAAAAGGGUGAAAUAUCAGUUGGUGCUGCAGUCUGCUGUCAAGAUUCAGAGGUGGCACAGGGCAUGUAAGGCUGCUCGAGAUUUAAGAACAUGGUUUUUAAAGACAAGAGUGGCUGCAAUUGCUCUUCAAUCUGGCUAUCGGGGCUGGAGAGUUCGGAAGCAGAUCAGAAAGGAACAUCAAGCAGCAGUGAAGAUCCAGUCUGGAUUUCGAAUGAUCCAGGCCCAGAGGCAGUUUAAAUCCUGGAAAAUGGCAGCUGUGGUCAUCCAGCGGCACCUGCGAGCAUGGCGGGCUGGAAGGCAGCAGCGUAGGGCCUAUGUUGAACUCCGCCGUGCCGUGCUGGUGCUCCAGGCUGCAUGGAGAGGGUGGGCACUGAGGAGAGAGGUCCAGCGGUGGCACACCUGUGCCAUCCUCAUACAGUCCUGCUACAGAAUGCACGCUCAACACAGCCGGUGGAAAACGAUCAGGAAAGCUGCUCUACUGAUUCAAACAUGUUAUCGGGCUUACCGUCUUGGAAAAGAGCAGCAUUGCUUAUAUUUGAAGACAAAAGCAGCUGCUGUAACUUUGCAGUCGGUUUACCGUGGGGCGGAAGUGAGAAAAAGAAUAAAAGAUUGGAACAGAGCAGCAAUCACUAUACAGUCUAAAUACAGAGCUUACAAAGCCCAGAAGAAAUACAUCACUUACAGAAGUGCUGCUGUUGUCAUUCAGAGAUGGUAUCAAAACACUAAAAUUGCAAACCAGCAACGAAAGAGAUACCUUAAUUUAAAGAAAUCAGCGAUGAAAAUCCAGGCUGUUUACAGAGGCACUAGGGUAAGGCAGCAGAUUCAACACAUGCACAGGUCUGCCACUUGUAUUCAAGCGAUGUUUAAAAUGCAUCAGUCAAGGUCACGAUACCACGCAAUGAGAAGAGCAGCUGUUAUAAUUCAAGUAAGGUUCAGAGCCUAUCAUGAAGGUAAAACUCAGCGUGCAAAGUACCUUAGAGUUUUGAAGGCCAUUGGUAUUCUUCAGGCCAGGUUUAGAGGAGCUAGAGUCAGGCAGGCUAUGAGAAAGAGGCAGGUGGCAGCCACACUGAUUCAAUCCCACUAUAGAAGAUACAGGCAGCAAAUGUACUACACCAAGUUAAAGAAAGUGACACAGAUAGUGCAGCAGAGAUACCGAGCAGUGAAGGAAGGAAGGAGACAGUUUCAGAGGUAUAGCAGGCUGUGGCGUUCUGCAGUUCUCCUGCAGGCUGCAUUCAGGGCAAUGAAAGCGAGGAGGCAUGUGAAAGAAAUGCAUUUGUCUGCAACACUUAUUCAGUAUAGAUUCAGAUCCUUUGUGAUGAGGAGGAGAUUCAUUUCUCUCAAGAGAGCUGCUGUUUUUGUUCAGAGGAAAUACCGAGCAAAGCUCUUGGCCAGGCAUCAGUUACAACAGUUUCUGCUAGUGCGAAGGGCUGUUACUCAAAUCCAGUCAUCCUAUAGAGGGUGGAUUGUAAGGAAAAAGGUGAGAGAGAUGCACAAGGCUGCUACGUGCAUCCAGGCUGCUUUCAGGAUGCACCGAGCAUGUGUGAGAUACCGGGCCUUGAAACAGGCCUCAGCUGUGAUCCAGAAGCAACACCGGGCAAACAGAGCUUCGAAGAAGCAGAGACAGCAUUUCAUCACACUAAGAAGGUCUGCUGUGAUCCUCCAGGCUGCGUUCAGGGCAACGAAAGUGAGGAGGCAUGUGAAGGAAAUGCAUUUAUCUGCAACACUUAUUCAGAGUAGAUUCAGAUCCUUUGUGAUGAGGAGGAGAUUCAUUUCUCUCAAGAGAGCUGCUGUUUUUGUUCAGAGGAAAUACCGAGCCACCAUUUAUGCCAGAUGCAAGAGGCACCAAUUCUUGGAGUUACGAAAGGCAGCCAUUAGCAUCCAGUCAUCUUACCGGAGAUUGAUGGUGAAGAAGAAGUUACAAAACAUGCACAGGGCUGCACUUCUCAUUCAGGCCACUUUUAGAAUGCACACAACGUACGUGAUAUUUCAGCAGUGGAAACGUGCCUCGAUUCUAAUUCAACAACAUUACCGAACAUACCGAGCUGCCAAAUUGCAAAGAGAGAAUUUUACUAGACGAUGGCAUUCCGCUGUGGUCAUUCAAGCUGCUUAUAGAGGAAUGAAAGCAAGACAGCUUCUAAGGAAAAAAUACAGGGCUGCUGUCAUCAUACAAAGCACAUAUCGAAUGUCUAAGCAGUAUUGUUUCUACCAGAAAGUUCAGUGGGCUACAAGAGUAGUACAAGAACAUUAUAGGACAAGUAAAAAACAGAAAGCUCUUCAGUUCCAGGCAAGUUGCACUGAUGCCAGUUUUCAAGACAUGACCAGAAGGAAACAGGCUGAGAAAGAACACGAGGCUGCCAUUGUUAUUCAGAAGUAUUUCAAAGCCUGUAAAACCAGAAGACGUUAUCUUUGCCUGAGAGCUGCCGUCAUUUCUGUCCAGAGAAGAUACAGAGCAUCAGCUGCAGCAUACUCCCAAGCCGCUGCCUCAGUAGACUUGCCUUACCGAGGAUUUAAGGAAACAGAGUAUCCAUCUGAGAGGGCCACUGUGCCCAUGCAGAGCCCUUGUCCUGACCUACAAGCACAGGAGCGUGCGGCCCUACGGAUUCAGUCCUUCCUGCACAUGGCUGUUCAUCGCACAAGUUUUCUUCGACAGAGGAGAGCUGCUGUCACCUUACAGCAGUGUUUCAGGACCUGGAAAACCAGAAAACAGUUUUUACUAUAUAGGAAAGCUGUGUUGGUUUUACAGAACCACUACAGAGCCUUUCUGUCUACAAAACACCAAAGACAAGUUUAUUUACAAACCAGGAGCCGUGUUAUCAUGAUUCAAGCUGGAAUGAGAAGAUUCAUACAGAAAAGGAAGUUUCAGAAAAUUAAAACUAGUGCCAUAAAAAUUCAGGCUGCAUGGAGAAGAUACAAAGCUAAGAAAUAUGUACAUGAAGUGAAUGCCACCUGCAAGAUUCAAGCCUGGUAUAGGGGUUGGAGAGCACGCAGAGAAUAUCUAGCCAUAUUAAACGCUGUUAAAAUUGUUCAGCGUUACUUCCACGCCAAGCAGGAGAGGACCCGGUUUUUGAAGAUGAGAGUAUCAGUAGUUAUCAUACAGAGAAAAUGGAGAGCAGUGCUUUCUGGAAGAGUCACUCGUGAACAAAUCACAGGAAAAAGUGUAGAACAGAAGGCUCGAAUUCGCCUCCUUCCCUUCACUGCAGCUGCAUUUUUCCACCUGACUGCCCUUAGAAUUCAGAGAGCAUAUAGACGUCACAGGACUGUGAGGAGUGCCGAGAGGCAUGUGGAUUCAGUCAUCUGUAUUCAGAGAUGGUUUCGAAAAAAAAUGCAACAGAAAAGGUUGAUUGAAAUUGAGCAUGAAGUUCAGGAACGUCUGAAACACCAAAACAGAGCUGCGUCAGUAAUACAGAAAGCAGUGCGCCAAUUUCUUCUUUGCAAAAGACAGGAAAAAUUGAAUAGUAGAAUCAUCAAGAUUCAGGCAUUAUGGAGAGGUUACUCUUUGAGGAAAAAAAGUGAUUGUAAGAAAAUUAAAGCUAUACGAUUGAGUCUUCAAGCUGUCAACCAGGAGAUUCGAGAAGAAGACAAGCUCUACAAAAGAACUGCUCUGGCUCUUCACUAUCUUUCCACAUCAAAGCACCUUUCUGUCAUUCUUGAGGCUUUAAAGCACCUGGAGGUAGUGACUAGAUUGUCUCCACUUUGUUGUGAGAACAUGGCAAAUGGUGGAGCAGUGUCUAAAAUAUUUGUUUUAAUCCGAAGUUGUAAUCGUAGUGUUCCAUGUAUGGAAGUCAUCAGAUAUGCCAUUCAAGUCUUACUUCAUGUUGCUAAGUACGAGAAGACAACUUCAGCAGUUUACGAGGUAGAAAAUUGUGUGGACACGCUCUUGGAGCUUUUGCAGAUGUACCGAGAGAAGCCUGGUGAUAAAGUGGCAGACAAGAGUGGCAGCAUUUUUACAAAAACUUGCUGUUUGUUGGCUGUCUUGUUGAAGGCAAGAAAUCGAGCCUCUGAUGUAAGAAUUAGAUCCAAAGUUGUUGACUGUAUUUAUAGUAUCUACAAACUCACUGCUCGUAAGCAUAAGAUGAAUAUAGAGAGAAUACCCGGUAAACAAAAGAAAAGUGCUUCUGUCUGCAUGCCCUUACUUCCAGAAACACCCAUGAGGACCAGGAUAGUCUCCAGGCUGGAACCAGCUUGGGUUUUGAGAAGAGACAAUAUGGAUGAAGUGAAAAAUUCCCUGCAAGCUAUUCAAAUGCUGAUGGAUACACUUGGCAUCCCUUAUUAGUAAAUGUAAAUAUUUUCAGUGUGGACAGUCUAAAGAAAUAUUGUAGCUGAUCAUGAGUAUGUAAAGUGUCUUCCUGCUUUUGCUGUAUAGUUUUUAAAAUCUGACUUUGUAUUAAAAAUAAACGCAUAUAUUUUAAAUAACUC